AUUAUCCAAAACUGAUAUGAUAAUCCAAAUGAAUAUCUCUAGCCGAAACACCGCUUUGGAAAGGGUUUUAGCUUUAGGGGGUGGAACAAAAGAAGAGGUUUAGGAAUGAUAGGAUAAACUUAUCACCUCUGAGUUUGCCGCCCUUGUUCUCCAUUUCAAUUCGCCUUCCAUCAUUUUCUCACUGAGGCGGAGAACAGUUCUGGGUAGCCUUUACCACUGCAGUUUCUUGAGCUUUUAUGAAACUGUUAUAUAACAUUUAGCAAAGAUUCUUGAAGAUGCCGACAAUAGUUUCAUCACGUUUGCUUUUUCUUAUUGGAGAAUCCUCACCAUUUGGGAGAUUGUUCAAUGUUUCCAGGAACGCUUGUUACCACAGAAAUGUACGUUUUCUGAGUAGGUUCAGCCAUGAUGAUGGCCCUCUCACCCUUGCUAGCCUUGGGUUUAGAAAUAGAGCUGAAACAAGUAAAAAGAGCGAAGUUGAUGGACUUGGCCUCCUGAAUUCUGCAAAUGAAGUGUCUAAAAAGAAAACAAAGUUGGUACGUGUUAAGGAGCCAGUAAGAAAGAAGGCAAUUGAGAUAGAGGGGGCUCCACUCUCUGCUCAGUCAUUUCCUGAACUUGGGCUUCCUGCGUUGUUGUUAAAGAGAUUAGAAGAGGAAGGUUUUACCAUUCCUACUGAUGUCCAAUCAACUGCUGUUCCAACAAUUCUGAAAGGACAUGAUGUGGUGAUUCAAUCAUAUACUGGUUCUGGGAAAACUCUUGCAUAUCUACUUCCGAUCCUCUCUGAAGUGGGCCCUCUGAAGAACCAUUCUUCUGCUGAACAGGAAUCUGGAAAGAAGGGCGAUGUAGAAGUAGUCAUUGUGGCUCCUUCUCGAGAAUUGGGGAUGCAAAUUGUGAGGGAGGUUGAGAAACUCUUGGGACCUGCUGACAAGAGAAUGGUUCAGCAACUGGUAGGAGGUGCUAAUAGAUCAAGGCAAGAGGAAGCACUUAAGAAAAACAAACCAGUCAUUGUAGUUGGCACUCCUGGGCGCAUAGCUGAGAUUAGUGCAGCCGGAAAGCUUCGUACGCAUGGUUGUCGGUUUCUAGUAUUAGACGAAGUAGAUGAGCUUCUUGCAUUCAACUUCCGCGAAGAUAUGCAUAGGAUUUUGGAACACGUUGGGAGGAGAUCAGGAGCUGCUUCUCAAUCUGGGAAUGGUACUCUUGUCCAGAAAAACGGACGCCAGACCAUUCUAGUGUCUGCAACAGUGCCAUUUUCAGUUGUAAGAGCAGCUAGGAGCUGGGGGAGAGACCCAGUUCUUGUCAGAGCCAAAAGUGUUAGUGCACUUGAAUCUGUCUCGACACUGAGUCCCGUAACUAAUUCUUCAUCAGAUUCGAAUUCCUCAUCUCAAGUAGUUUCGGAGAGCCUACCUCCACUUUUGAAGCACUAUUACUGCACUACCAGGUUGCAACACAAGGUUGACACAUUAAGGAGAUGUGUUCAUGCUCUUGAUGCCAAGUCAGUCAUAGUAUUUAUGAACCAGAAUAGACAGCUAAAGGACACUGUUUACAAGUUGGAAGCUCGGGGAAUCAAUGCUGCAGAACUACACGGGGAUCUUAGCAAGCUUGCUCGAUCUACUGUGCUAAAGAAAUUCAAAAAUGGGGAUUUAAGAAUACUGGUCACAAAUGAACUGGCUGCUAGAGGUUUAGACGUUGCAGAAUGUGAUCUUGUAGUCAAUCUCGACUUACCCACAGAUUCCAUUCACUAUGCGCAUCGUGCAGGAAGAACUGGACGCCUUGGUAGGAAGGGUAAUGUAGUAAGCAUAUGUGAACAGCACGAAGUCUUCGUGGUGAAGAAACUGCAGAAGCAGUUGGGUGUAACGAUACAACCCUGUGAGUUUGUUGAAGGUAAACUUGUCGAGGAAGAGCAGGAGAACGUCUGAUAUACUUCAUAUGAAGAUCAGAAUUAGCGAGAUGAAGCAAACGAGCUUUUCGUCAUAUGAAGAGCUCGCUUGAUCAUAUUAAUUGCAAUCGUUGAUGCGAACUUGAUGUAGUGCAGUACUGAACAUGGAUGGUGUCUAGAUCAGAAGGCCCUGAAUAUAGAGCAGCAUUAAUAUUGGUAGAGACUUGAGACACCAUUUAUAUAAGUUGGUACAAUACAACUAUUUACAAAUCACUCUUCUCCCUCCCUUUAGAUGCAUUUGCUUCCCCUUUAAAAAAUUGUGUAUUUUUCUUGAGGUGAAGUAAAAAAUAAGUUGUAUGUCUUCAAAUAUCUAUGAAAAGAUUGGGGAAUGUACUACUUCUAAGCUCUAUAAGCUAGCAUUAAAUAAAUUAUUACAAAAUGUGUCUGAAAAGUAUAUAUUAUUGAUUGGUAAUAUAUUUUCAAUCAUUUUU